AUUUACAUUAUAAAAGCAAAAUAAAUAAAAAAUAAAAUAAUUGAUCUAAUUUAAAAGAAGAAAUUUAAGUAAAAAUACGCCGAAUUGCCUUUACCAUGUAAUUUUUCUCGAGGUUGGUCUUUCUGAGACUAUCUUUUGACAGAGCUCCCUCAAAGACAAACAUCGACUAGAAUACUGAUUAGAUGAAACCAAAGAAACUGUUGGAAAGCGUUAAUUUCACCAGUUACAUGGUUCACCCAGACGUUUGGUCAUUCCUAGACGAAGUCCACGAUGUGGCGAUCGCGGUGUACACAUUCAUCUUGCGGCACCAGAUCCUGGCUAUCAUAAAUAUCGUCGUAAUUUCUCUAAACCUUUUCUUUAUCUGGACAUUCGGCAAACGGAAAUCGUCCAAACUGCAUGCCACGUCCCCUCGCUCGGACCGGUCAAGUAGAUCUACUUAUAAUCCAUUUUUAAAAAGGCUUCAAGCCAGGGCGCAAAAAAAUAAUACAAUUUUUACAGCCAAGAAAAAUUCUUAUAGAUCUUCCAACCAACACGACUGUGCGAAGUCUUCAACCAAUGUGCCGAAAGUUUCCCCUACGUCAGGGGGCAACGUCGCUAAGACUUCCUUCCACCUCGCUGGUCGCUGCAGCUGCUCGCCCACAUUGGAGAGUUCCUCUGACGAGGUAGAGGAAACCCUUGACGAAAUCACCUGGGGAUUCGACACGUCGCCCUUGUCCUCGCAUUUCGUGGCAGAGAGGGACAGCGCUGGAAACUGCAGGCAGCGCCACCUUUUUGCCAACGCCACAGGGGCGCCGGUUAAAUCGUUUGCCAAAGAACAGCCUUCAUUUCCCAAAAAUGUGAUGAAGCCAGAUCGGCUGAAUGCGUACCGUCGUUCUAUAGUCAAUACCCUUAACCUUCGCGCCAAACGAUUGGCUGCUGGGUCAAAGGUCGCCAUAAACACUGAAGGCACACAAGGUUCCCGGGAAUCUAAAAAAAAUUCUACCUUCAGUCGAUCACCAAGGCGCCCAACUCGACAACAUGUUUACUCGGUUACCAAAUCGGGUGACUCUGAGUCCAGUCCCGCCAAAGUGGUAUCCAAAAGAUCAUGCGUUAAACGUCGCGCGGCAGUACCGCCCAAAAGGAUGCCAAAGUCGUCCCCGUUAAAGCCAGAAUUGAAAAGGGCAAAAGUUUGGGAAAAAGAAAUCACUUCCGACUCCGAUGAUAACAAAAACCUGGCCAACAUCCCUCAGAGCAGACGACAUUCUGAGUCGUCGGAACAAGGUGGCAACCGCAGCGAGACGAGCGUAGUGUGUAAACGAGACAGCUGGAUCUGGUUCUCGCCGGAAACGAAACCAAGUGACGAGAAUUUUUUCUCCAGGCAAAACAAGUUUAAAAGUGAGGACCCCAGGGUAGCUGAACUCGCUGCAGAAAUAAGACGACAAGAGGAAAUGAACAAAAGCAUUGAAAGGGAAGCUGAGUCUCUAAUCGAAAGCUCUUCACAGUCACAUAAAUAUGCAAACCAAUGGGCCAAGCCGUCAGGCGUCAAGCCAACCAGCAGAUUGAAAAGCCGAGGUAGAGGCAAAAGACGUUCGGCGUACAGCAGGUCUAGCGCUAAGAAGUCAUGCAACAGUCCCCGGCAGCUGAUCAAGAAACAGCCAGAUUGUCACAGACCAACGAAUCACUCUACGCCAAUACUACCAGGUCGUCCUGGAGCACCUAGCUACGCCUUGCAGGAGCUGUCCCCCAAAGUCUCAUCAUCGCAAAGCCAGACGUUUCUUCGCUCUGAGAAGGACGGCAAACCCUUGCCGCCUUUUGAUUUCAAAUGCAGCGAAUCCGUCACGGAGACAUCGUCUCUAGAUCUAGCGUGCUCACAGACACCUGUAGACAACACGCUGGACUCGAAUUCCAAUGAGCCGACCCAUACUCUCUGUGACAUUGGCCUCAGCCAUAGGAACAUGUCUAAUGCCUACACGAAACUCAUGGCCGACAAAGGAGACUCGAGAGCGAUAGUGGGGAUUAGCGAGAACAUUGCCAGCCAAGAGAAAAAAUCUUGUCCCUCAGAUCCAGUCAUGGGUGUCCCCUGCGAGCAGAUCAAUGUCCUAGGCUCUGGCAUCCUAGAAGGAAGCGGAGAGUCGAUGACAUCACCCGCCUCUGCAUCUGGAAUGUAUGAGGGUGAUUGUCCUAGGAAGCGCUUUUCACCUUCUAAACACUUCAGCCAAAGAAUGUCGUCCCCAAGAAAUUACAGAAAUAGUGAAUUCAAGCCGUUACCCACAGGAAAAAAGAGCCCCCAGGUUGUGCUCUCCACGGGGGAAUCCGAAUCGGAAUCCAUUCUCCGGGACACCUCCGGACAAGAAAACAGCUUUCGACAGAUAAUCAUCCGCAAAGAAGUAAACUCAGCCGUGCACAACCUUCUCUUCGACACGGAGCAGAGCUCGUCUUCCAUGAGUCCAACGACCAUUAACAAAGUCAACGCCAGCCUGCGGCUAAGGAAGUUGAUAUCGAAAGAGAACAGCCCCAGUUUUUUACCCAAGCAGUUCCCAAACCGAUGCAUGUCUACACAGUCCAGCGGCUCCACUGUUAAAGCGCCUCUGGAGGAGUCAAAAAAGGGCAACAAGCGUACCAACAUUUACAAUCCCGAUUACUAUCUUGGGAAAAAGAGGCCAGCCAAGAAGCACUUCAUGGCUGCCAACUCUCUUCUGAAUAGUCCUUCGCGCUGGAAGAAAACUGACAUCGUCUGGAACAAUCCGGUUUCUUUGCGCUUGUACUCACCCAAGCCAGUCACGCCAUCUCCUGUGCGCAGAAUGCAAGCUUGUAAGGAGCGAAUGGCUGGUAGCAUUGCUAUACAGAAGUCCAAUCCGACCAGACAGACAAGCAAGGUCGGAAAUGAGAAACCCGAUAAUAGCUUUGUCGUAUACAAAAAUAAAACUCAGCCUCGUGUCAGUGAUUGGCCAAGACAUGGGCUGGGAAAUAGAUCCAGCAUAAAGACACAGUUCUCUUCGCCCGGUUUCAGCCCUACUUCUGCUAGCAGCAAACUUUCAUUGAAAACUCCUAGCUAUGCAAUGGCAGAUUCAGAAGCUAAGAUUAUUGAUAAAACAACGGGUAUUAAGAUGGAGUCUCCAGUGCUAAGAAGUAAAAUGAUAAAAGGUGAAGCAGUAAAGCGAUUUGGCGAAAGAACCAAAAGGCGACCGGAAUCCCCACGUUGUGAGUGUACAGAAGGGACUUUGCAGUUCUCUUCCGUUCAAGGCUCUUCGUUAAAAGCAAAUACAGGGGACGCCCAACAAAUAAUCACCUACUCUGAUUCUUAUUGGGCGAAAAAUAUAGGUCUCAAAAGGGUCAAACGUGCUGACUCAAAUGCGACUCUGUGUUUAGCGAAAUCUCCGACAAAGAACGAUUUGAAUGAGUCAGCGGUGAAAGUAAUCAGUCAGGAGAAUGAUCCUGUCGUCUCUGAAGAAAACAAAAUGGCACCCAACGUCCCGUAUAUGAUACCAGGAUCAACCAAUAAUUCGUCAAGCAGUGAUCCAUAUCUGCAUUCUGGAUCACACAAUGUGACCAAGCUUCAGACAUGCGAUGGCUCGGUACAGUUCGACUUUGUCGGUUCAAAUAAAAUGGCGCCUCUUCCUGAGCCUGAACCAUAUUUUGAAAAUGAAUCGCGCCCUUUUUUAGAAAUGAAACCUGCUGGAAUAACGUCCUACCAAACACAGCCCAGCACUUGCCUACAAAACGGCGAAGAAACGAAAUACUCUCGAAAUAUUAGUGAGCAUUGCUACAGCAAAUUAUCCUUGAUGUCAACACGUGACACGUUACCGUGUUCUGCAUCUGAGGAGGAGCUCUACUCCAAAUUGGAAAAGAGAACCGAAAGACGUAGCCCUGAGGUUCUUUCUUUAGCUGAUUUCGGUCUCAAUGGUGCCGUGCACCAGGCUGCACAACCGAUUUCUAACCCCGACUCCGGCUACGAGGAAUCUGUUUCAGACAGGUCAAACUUCUUACAAACAACCAUUUCACGCGUGGAUAGUCGUUCAAAGCUCGGAACUCUUCAGUCUGGAGAGAUUGGUCAAGCUUUGGAAUGCUGUGCUAAGAAAGUGACUCAAGAGAAGGUCAGUGUUUCCGUAUCUUUUUGUUCACAAGAUUCGGAUCUUCCAACUAGUGCCAGCCCCAUUGCCAAUUUGUAUGGAUCGAGUGGGGAUUCGUCAAUGCAUGAACACUCGGCGUAUUUAGUGAGUACAUCAGAAAAGCUGAGCAAAGAUAAACUAGGAUCCAACACAUUUAUCAUUCCUAAUCCCAGAGGAACAUCACAUUUAAAAUAUAUCGAUUCUGUAAUCGAUUCUUCUGGGGACUUUUCAUUAAACUAUGAAGAGCACAUUUCUCUCCCUUGCCGCAAGAGAACGUUAUCUAUUGACUUACUGAAAGACCACAACUUACAGACAGAAAUAAAACUCAAGCAACUAUCAACCGGUACAGAAUCGAUACUUAACAAACAGUCCGAUUACUCAAGGAACAGAAUGGGCGGGGAAUGUAUGAAAAGAAGAAAGUGUGAAGAACUUCUGUUAGACUGCUCACUCUCAUCGAGCCUGGGUCAAAUCGACUACUCCCCCGAAGCAUCCAGCAGUAUCACCAACUUGAUACCCAGCGCUCCCAUAUCUCCAGCUCUAGAGUCGCCGUCUAGUUUCUUCGCGGCGAAUACACGGCGUGACGUUUCCAGCUCGACCUCGAAAGACAUAAGACUCUUGGAGUCAUUAGAUACCGCUUCGAAGAGCAUCCUGGUAGAUGACAACGAUACAACAUUCGAUAGAUCUUUACUCUCCGACAUGAACAGUGACCUGACCUUCAGCGACUCUUUGGCGCGAAACAUUAACGUAGUAAGAUCCGCACACGAUAGAGAAGCCUUGCAAGACGCCAGCGACAGUGAUUCCUUUAACGAAACAGACUUGGCUCACUCUUUUCCAUUCUCUUCUGUUCCAGGAACAGUAACUAGGAAAUCCAAUCAAACUGAAUGCUCGACAGGUGACUCGCGUUGUCAAGGCAAAUUCAAUACGCACACACGCCACACACCCCAAAUCCUAGCUAAUGAAAAUGAAAUUAUACACUUUUCUAAUAACCAAAUGACAGACCGAAUCCCUGUUCGAAGUGUUGCAUUUAGAGAGCUCUUGAGACGAUUCUAAAAUUGAUAUGUCUAAAUAGUAUGUGAAGCUAGUUCAUUCCCCUGUGUUUCAGUUGAGGACAAGAUUGUUAUAUAACUUUUUCUAUAGCCUACUAUUAUACACGAAGUGUAGGCACUCUAUUAUAUAUCGGGGCAUAUCUUAAAUCUUCUACAGUGAAUUUAAAAAUUAGCUUUUUUUAAAACUAUAUAUGUGCAUGUGUAUAAAUGAAUGCUAAUAAUA